AUGGAUACGGAGACAGAUGUCGAAUCGGAUACGGAUCUCCUUCUCGAGAGUGAUUUAGCUGGAGGUCGCACGACGACAUUGAAUCCUGACAUCCAUCUUUGUUCCUUGAGUACCACGCCAGUUACCUCAGGAACAAUCACUCCCGCCCCUACUACAGCAACUCCUUCAUCGACCGGAGGACCAGCAGUGGCAUCAACAGGUCCUGUGGAUGACUUGGAUGGAUCGGCGUCAGCUGCAGAUCUUUAUAGGUCUACGAUCGAGUUCUUGGCACUGAUGACAGCCUUCGUGAGCGUUGUGUGCUGGCUUAUGCAGACUCGUCUCCUCGAUGGUGGACCGUCGAACAGGGAUCCCUCAACAGUAACGGCGGCGAUGGAGGGCAUCGACAUGGAGCAGGAUGGGCCCGAGUCAGGUCGUCGAGACGGCUGCGCUCAGCUGAGAGAGUUUUUGAGACUCUUUGAUGAUCUGGAUAACGUCCUCAGCCCGAUCAAGGAGGCCCUCAGCCAGACUCACGAUUCGCAACAGCGGUGGCAGCAGCAACACAUCGAUGAGCAAGAAUCGGAUGCCAGGCUCGAUCCCAUGGACUCUGUUGGGCUCUUUGCCUGGCAUUACUUUCUGUUUUCAUCGGAUCGAGAUAGUCCCUUUGAACGCGAGGCUCAUGCGAUCGAUAUUCCCAGCUUGCACUCGAUCCAUUUCGAUGUCCUCCUCAACGAACUCUAUACCACUCACAUCCUUUCGAUGACGGCCAAGGAGCACCAAAAGGACCAUGGACAGUUUUACACACCGCCAGGAGUGGUGGACUUUAUGUGGAAGCGCACUAUCAUUGAUCGAGGCCGCCUUCUGGACCAAUUUGUCGAGUCAAUGCCGUCUGCCCUGUCGGCCCCUCCGUCUUUCAGCCAGCAAGAGUCCUUGAUCCCAACGGCGUUGGAUCCUUGUCUGGGCGUAUCGACCUUUCUUUCGUGCUAUGUCCGUCUUUUGAUCCAAGAGGCCGAGCGGGACCAUGCAGAGACAAUAUGGAGAUCUGAGGCGGCUUGCAGACUCUUGUUGACUCAAAUCUGUGAGAAUGUCUGGGGAAUCGAGCUGGACGGGUUCGCCUUUUGGAUGGCACGGUGCGGAAUUUUGGUGGCGCUGAUGCCACUUGUCCAACACGUCGAGUCCUUUUCUCACCAUCCUCACUACCACCAUCCUCAACAACGACACCAACCCUAUCAACAACACCAGCAACGUCACCGAUACCAACAGCAGCAGCAGGUACAGCUUCCUCGACUCCAUCUCUUCCGAAGCGACACCCUGCAGCUCACCGUCCCCGAUGGGACCAGCCCCAAAUCCGCUUGGGACCGGCAUUGUAUACUUCAACUUCGGACCCCAUCGCGCCUUCAGUUUGACUUUAUUGUCACCAACCCGCCCUACAUGAUCCGCAAGACUGGAACCUUCAGCGCCCCCGAUCCAGAAGUCUAUGACUGGAGUAUCCUAGGCGCCAGCAUCGCCACCGUUGCAUCUGCUGUAGCUUCAGCAGCUCCUCCGGGGUUGUCCGAGGGUUCGAGUCCUGCUCUCAAGACAAAGUCCAAAUCGUCUACCAAGGCUUCCAAGAAUGGGUUUGAGGAGGACGAGCGAUUGACGCCAUCAACUGUCGAUACAGGGGAUGAUGAUUCUGGGUCAGAAGCGACGAUGACACGCGGUAGUAGCGAUCGGCUGAGCAAAGGUGCUACAGAGUCAGUCCUUCAGUCACCGCGGACAAAAAAGUUUGCGACUCAGGUACGACCGACAGGGUCCAAGGGCAUGAUGCAGGCCUAUGGGUAUUUUGUCUGGUUCGCUGCGCAGAGGAUCAAACCUGGCAAAGGUGUUGUCUGCAUGAUCACUGCGAGUCAAUGGUUGACCCUCGAGUUUGCCGUCAAGCUGCGCGCAUGGCUCUUCGAAAACUGUCUCAUGGACGAGUUCUUUCAGUUUGAGCCCUACAAGGUCUUCUCCAAAGUCCAGACCGACUCGCUGAUCUUCAAGAUUCGAGCCAUCCCACUCGACCUCUUGCCUUCGACCUCGUCACCCAUGUCCUCGUCACCUCUGCCGCUUGGGGACCAUAGGACCGUAUUCCUUCGACAUACCGAUCAUCAUAAGCCUUUGGUUGGAAUCCUGCAGGAUUACAUGGCCUUUUCUUCUGCGGAGGAACCUCAGGUCGCUCGGCCGUCCUCAUCGUCUUUUGUGGUCGGGUCAGCCACCGCCACCACUACCACCAACAGCAACAACGAUCUCAACAUUAUGGUGUCGAGCAAGACGCGCGAGGAACUGGUUGCAGUGAUCAUGGCGCCGUCAGUGACACCCACCGCCACCGCCGCUACUGCCACUGGCAAAGGCGAUGAGGCGACAGCGCCUGCGACCUAUACAUACUCAUUUGCUCCGAUGAUGCCCGCGUCAGUGUUGACGACCUAUAUGCUGGCAUUGACUCAGGAUCUCGGAGCGAUCUGUUCAGCCGGAACCAAGAAGAUGAAUCGUCUUCGAGCGGUCGAGCCUCUCCUGUGGCAUCGGGGUCCCAAUACCAAUCCCGUCUAUGGCCUCGUGGUCCGAAUGGAGUACGCACGGGCCAUGUUUGGCGAGGGGAUGACAUCAAGGUGGUUCCGACCUGCCUUGUACUGGAACGGGAAGAACUCGCCCGAAGGUCCACCAACAACAGCAACAGGAGCGGCUGGUGGUGGUGCGUUAGGUGCUAGUGCCUUGGCGGUCCCGGGUAAGGUCCUGCAUCGGGAGGGACAGUUCUGGCAAGGACGAGACCGUCAGAGGUUGAGUAAGAAGGAAGGAUCACCCGCAGAGUCUUACUGUGUCCCGACCUCGGACCCACAGCGGAUGUAUGCGCUUUGUAUGGUCGAUAAAGAGUCUGUCAAGGUUCUUCGGCAGCAGGUGGAGCAGAAGGUUGAGGGCUCUCAGGCGCUGUGGAACUAUUUGACGGAUGUCAGGUCUCAUUUCCAGCCGGGCUUGGCUUCCAAGAGGAAGGUUGUUUCUGGCGGUAAGGCGCAGGCGGUCGAUGAUGAGGGUGUCGCCUUUUGUUCGACCAACCAGUGCGGGGCGGACGUGCCAGAGAAGAUCGUGCAUCCAAUCAACUACGGCUACUUUUCAAAAACCCAGCCCCGCCAACGGUUCUUCCUCGACAUGGACUCUCUAGCAGUAACCAACCAAUGCAUCUACCUAACUCUCAACAAACUAUCAAGCCAUUACGACGCCGAACAGUGUCCACCGCUGAUGUAUUUCCUCACCCUUCUCAAUUCGACAACCCUCCAGUUCUUUGUCCUCCAUCAUUGCCAGUAUGACCAGCAGGGGAGGAUGCGGUUGUUUAGAGAGUCGAUGGCCAAAAUUCCGUUUCAGGACCGGGAUGUCAAGAACUGUCCAGAGAGGAUUCGGUAUGUGGCGGAGUUGGGGGCUAGUAUGGUUGAGUUGAAGGAUAUGCUGUAUAGUGUUGUUACGGGGUGGCGGUUGACGGGGAGUCACCAUAGUAGUAGUAGUGGUGGUGGUGUCUCUCAGUAUGGUGGGGCUAUCGGUGGUGAACGAAGGGGGUCUACGGGUGGUUUGGCAUCCAUUGCUCUUUACCCUGCGUUUGCUACUGGAGCCCCCUCGGCGGCGCCUACCUCGACUGGCGGUAGUAGUAACCAGGGGCUGAUGGAUUGGGUCCGAAAGGGCGGGAACCCACCUCCUGGCCUGUUGUCGCGUGUCAAGGAUCAAGUUCGACGUAUGCUGAUCGCACAACAAGCCAGCCAUCCUCGCCAUCUAUACCAGGAUCCUGGACCUGCUGCCUCUUAUACUGCUGGACUAGGAGGCGCCCAUGGCACAAAAGCCCGUCCUUCUUCGUCAGCCCCGUCGUCGUCAUCCUCGUCUUCGAUACUUCACCUAAACAAGCCUCGCGGCUUCAAUGCAGGAGCAAGGGUGAGCAGCGGUGGCGGUGGCGCAGCCUUUUUUACGGAUACCGAUACCGAUACCAACACUUUCACGGACACAGAUACUGAUACGGAUGAUACCAUGGACCCCUGGAUGACGUCGAGACUCGAGGGCCAUGUGUCAGCUGGAAUGAUGGGUCGAAGCGGCGUGUACGCCACUGACUAUCAGAGUCAGAGUCAGAGUCAAAGUCAAAGUGGUCGAGGUCAGGGUCAGCACAGUCUUGCGCGGAUCUUGAAUAUGCCUGGAGACGAUAGGGAGAUGUCGAUGGAUGAAAAAGGGACGACGACCUCCUCGAUGCCGGUUCCCAUACCUGAGGGAGGCUCAAGAGACCGCCGACCUUCUUUCCGAGCCACUGUGAGUGAUGGCUUUGGUCGAGAUGAGGAGUUUGAUGAGACGGAGAGCAAGAAGGCGGCUGUGUCUGUGCCUGUCAGCACAGCUAUGGAGACUGACUUGGAUGAACUCUACCGUCACAACAAGCACCACCACCAUCAGCAAUACCAAAUUGGUGGCGUCGCCUCCUCCUCCUCCUUUAACGACCAACAAAUCUCUCACGACUCUGACCGGAUCCUCCAAGCCCUCGAACGCGCCAUAACAAUGGUCGAAAUGGUCCAAUGGGCCGUCGACCAAUACGGGUACAUGCUCUACGGGAUCCAACCCAAGUUCCAAAAGUUAUUAGAACUAGAACUCAAGAUUAUAUAUGGGUCACGGUUGGAGUCGUUGAUCGUUCCUUCGACUCCCCCUCCUUCCGCCACUGCGCCAGGGGCUGGAGUUGGAGUUGGGGUUGGGGAGGAUGGACGGGCGGUAGCGGCGAGUUUGGGGAUUACGGCGUGGGGCUUGUAUAGGUGGGAGGGGGAUGGCGAGCCCAUGUCUUCUCUUAACCCUGCUCCUGGUUCUGGUCCUGCCUCAACGACAUCCAGUGCGUCUAGUCUUCCAUCUGAAUCCGCUCCUGGGAAUAAUGGAAGAAGACAGUUGCUGCCAACGUAUGCGUUACAAGUCCUGGAGAACGCCCAGUCUGCGACUCAGUUGCUCCGCAAGAUCUUUGAACAGUUCCCAGCCCUUCCCUCUCUUUCGUCUUCUGCCCCCUUGGGUCCAUCGAAAAAAUAA